AUGCUACGAAACAUCGCCAAAUGUCUGCUGCGCCCCGGCGCGGAGACGCGCAACCCCGUCGUUACGGUGCUGGCUCAUCGUAUAGCGCAGGCGUCCACUACCACAGCCAAACCUCAAAAACCCCAAUUACGAGACUACCAGCAGGACUGCAUCCGAUCAGUCGUUAACAGCCUGAAAUCCGGUCAAAAACGAAUCGGAAUUUCUCUCGCGACCGGAAGCGGCAAAACUGUCAUCUUCACACAGCUCAUUGAUAAGAUCGACACGCGCGCCGACACCGGCGGCGACCGGACACUCAUCCUCGCGCACCGGCGGGAGCUCGUCGAGCAGGCCGCGCACCACUGCCGGCUCGCGCACCCGGACAAGACGAUCGAGAUCGAGAUGGGCUCGCAGCACGCCACGGGCACCGCCGACAUCACCGUCGCCAGCGUGCUCAGCAUCACCUCGCGCGACCGGCUGGACAAGUUCGACCCCACACGGUACAAGCUCGUGCUCGUCGACGAGGCGCACCACAUCGUCGCCGCAGGCUACCUGCGCACGCUGCGGCACUUUGGCCUCGACGAGCGCCGCGCCGCCUCGCCCGCGCUCGUCGGCGUCUCGGCCACCUUUUCGCGCUUCGAUGGGCUCAAGCUCGGCGCCGCCAUCGACGAGAUCGCCUACCACCGCGACUACGUCCACAUGAUCGCCGACCGCUGGCUGACGGACGUUGUCUUCACCACUGUCGCCUCCUCCGCCGACCUCGCCGCUGUCCGAAGCAGCGCGUUCGGCGACUUCCAGACUGGCGAGCUCUCCCGCGUCGUCAACACUGAAGCCGUCAACGACGUCACCGUCCGCAGCUGGCUUGCGCGCGCCGCCGACCGCCGCUCCACGCUCGUCUUCUGCGUCGACCUGGCGCACGUCGCCGGCCUCACGGCCACGUUUCGCCGGCGGGGCGUCGACGCCCGCGCCGUCACUGGCGACACCCCACGCGCCAUCCGCGCCGAACUCCUUGCCGCCUUCAAGCGCGGCGACUUCCCCGUGCUCGUCAACUGCGGCGUCUUCACCGAGGGCACUGACAUUCCCAACGUCGACUGCGUCGUCCUCGCGCGGCCCACGCGCUCCCGCAACCUCCUCGUCCAGAUGAUCGGCCGCGGCAUGCGCCUCCACCCGGGCAAGCGCAACUGCCACGUCCUCGACAUGGUCUCCUCCCUCGACACCGGCAUCGUCACCACGCCGACCCUCUUCGGCCUCGACCCGGACGAGCUCGUCACCGCCGCCUCCGUCGCGCAGAUGCGCCGCCUCCGCCAGAAGCGCGACGAAGAAGCCGAGCGCGCCGCCGAAGCACAAGGGCCGUCGCCCCAGGUCAACCCCGCCACCGCUGUCACAUUCACCGACUACUCGUCAGUGCUCGACCUCAUCGCCGACACGUCCGGCGAGCGCCACAUACGCGCCGUCAGCCAGUAUGCCUGGGUGCAGGUCGGCCCGGAGCGGUUCGUCCUGUCCGCGCCCAGCGGCUCCUACAUCCGCCUAGAGCGCAUUCCCACCGACUCGCCGGCAUCCUCUUCUUCGUCCACCGCCACUACCACCACCGCAUCCCCAUCCUCCUCCUCCUCCGCGCCGCCCCCCGCCAAGCCCACGUACCGCGCCGUCGAGAUCCGCGCCCUCCCGCCCGGCACCGGCACCCGCUCGCCUUACGCCGCCGCGCGCGAGAUCCUCACCGCCGCCACUUUUGACGCCGCCGUCCACGGCGCCGACAGCUACGCCGCGCAGGCCUUCCCGCACAGCUUCAUCCACCGCCACCAAUCGUGGCGGCAGGGCCCUCCCACGCGCGGCCAGCUCGACUGGAUCAACAAGCUGCGCGGCGGCGGCGGCAGCGGGGCUCGCUCCUCUGCCGCACCGCCACAACCCCUCGGCUACAAGGAUCUGACCAAGGGCAAGGCCGCCGACAUGAUCACCAAGCUCAAGCACGGCGCGCGCGGCCAGUUUGCCCGGAUCGAGGCCGAGCAGAGGCGGCGCGGCCGCAAGGUCUCUGCGUUCCAGGAGAUGCGCCAGCGCGAGGAGGUCCGCGUCGGGCCAGUGAUGAGCUGA